CGAGUUUGCGCAUGUCCGUUUGCACGAAUUCCUGGCGACAAAAUAAACUAAACAACAUGAUACCAAAAAGAUAGCAUUAAUGUAGUACAGGGAGCUAAAUCCAGCAAUAUCUGAAUAUGAAUUACGGGUUGUUAAACUUCAAAGCUCAAAAUGGCAAGCCUGGGAUAUUUUGGACAAAUGAACAACAAAAGAAGCCUCUGAAGAAGGAAACAAAAAAGACAGUUGACUACAAAACAAGAAAACAGCCAUUUGAAAUACGUCAUCAUCCCAAGAACUAUGACAGAAUAGAACCAGAGGUAGACAACAUCCUGAAACCUCUACCAGAUGAUAAGCCAAAGGAACCAGAAAAACCAAAAAAGCCAGCCAAAAACUUCAUCCAGAAGAACCGAGAGAGAUUAGGCAAGGGUAAGAAAGGGAAGGAGGACAAGAAGGAUGGGACUGUGACCUUGACCCAAGAACAGCUGAAUGCUAUUUUAGCUUCAGUUGGGAAGGUAGCCUCAGGAGAAGAGGACAAACUAAAGAUACAUAUAGAUUCAGAGCAUAAUGAGGUGACGAUAGAAUCCCCCCGAAGGAGGGAAGCCAGUGACGAUGAAACAGAAAAACACUACAGAGACCGGUCAGAGAAAGAGAAUAGUCAUUCCAAGUCCAGAAAAGAACGACGGAAGAAGGAGGAUGAUAGUAUCUAUGCCCUGAUGGGUGGGGACUCAAAUCGGUCCAAAAAGGACAGGGACAGGAGAACUGAGCGUGAUGUAUCAGAUGAGCGAGAUCACCGUCACAGAAGGUCUCGAGAUGACUCACGAGAACGACACAGGAGAACAGAACGUGACCAUUCAGAAGAAAGAAGCUCUCAUCGAGACAGAAAAUCUCGAGAUGACUCAAGAGAAAGAAAUCAUUCCCGAGAAAGGUACAAACACUCUCAUGAUAGAGAUCGUAAUCAUGAUCGUGAGAGGGAGAGACAUCCCAGUUACGAUCCUGAUUAUGAUCGUAAAAGGAAACAGGAAGACUCCACAGAGAGAAUUCUAAAAGAUCUGCGACAGAAAGCAGAAGAUCAGCUUGAGAAGAGCAGGGGAAAUGACAGACUAAGAGAAUCGAAAUCUAAAGAUAGUGAUAUUAGGGACUUGAAAAAGUAUGAUUCCACAACCCAUCUUUCACCUGACCCUAACAUUGAAAAUGUCUCACCCCGAGAGAUAGCUGGUAUCCCUGUGUCCCUACCCUGGAAGCACAUGACUGUAGCCGAAAGGCGGAGGUUAAUGAUUGCUCGAGAGAAGGUUUUAGCAGAGGCUGAAAAGAGAAAGGAGGAGGGUGUGAAAUCCAAGUGGAGGGAGAUGGUGAAGGAGGAAACAGAGAAAUUAGAAACUAGGAAAAAGAAGGAGAGUAGAAGACGCAGUCCCAGUUACUCUCCUCCGAGAUCUCGAGAUGGAUCAGGGGACAGGAGGCGAGAUGAUUCCAGGGAUCGCAGAGAACGUUCUCGAGAGAGGAGGCGAGACAGGUUAUCACCGUCCGACAGAAGAGAGUCACGGUCAAGGGAAAGGAGGCGCAGGUCACCUUCAGAUGAUCGUAGGGAAUAUCACUCUCGGGAGAGGCGAAAUUCAAGGGAAAGAUCUCGAGAUGACUCGUCAGACAGAUCAAGACAUAGGUCACGGAGGCGGUCACCCUCACCGGUCAAUCGUCAGGAGGAUAAGACCAGUAGCACUAGCAUUGCAACAAAUGCCAGUACUAGACCCCCAACAAAUAUGUCAUUAGCAGAGAAAAAAAGACUACAGUGGGAAAAGGAAAGAGCUGAGUCACAAGUGGGAUACACUCCAUGGGGAAAGCCGGGAGCAGGUGCCCCUCUAAGGACAAAGUCGGGGAAACUGGCCGCAGACUACAGAGCUAGACAGGAGGACUAUCCUGAUACAAUAGAUGAAGAAUCUGAAACUGUCAAUCAAAACAGUUCCCAGAAUGCAUCUGAGAACAAGAGCAGACGACAAAGGAAAGAGUCAGAGAAGAGGGAGGAAAUCCAAAAGAAUCAACAGCCUACUGUUAGUACAUCUAGUCGAAAUGUUCCAGCAGCCAUGAGAAGCUCCUUCAUAUUUGGACAAAUAGCUCCAGAUGCUGACAUGUAUGAAACGACAAAGGAACGGGAGAGGCAACAAUGGCUAAAGGACCUUGAGAGACAAAGAGAAGAAAAACGAGAACAGCAGAUCAAAGACUACGAAGGAACACAGCAAGGGAAGAAUACCUGGGCAGAUAAAUUUUCUAACGAUUAUCGCCCUGCACGGCUACCUGAGCAGCUGCCAGAGACGGUCACACGUGAAGAUGUCGAUGCUGCAGCGGACACAAAUCGUAUCAGCAGUGCUCCUGUCAAUGUGUCACAGACAAUCAAUGAUAGUGAAGACAAAUCAUACAUUCGAGGGCAAAAUGUCUACAUGGAUCCGAUAACAAAGAAAGAGCUGGAAGAUUCAAGGCAGAGGCAGUUAGAGCAUCAGAGAGCUGUGAUGGAGCAGGUUCAGGAGAAACAGAGACAGAAACAACUGGAGCGAGAACGAAAAAUGGCAGAGGAUGCAGAAGAAGAAAGAAAAUUGCAGGCGGAGCGUGACCGCCUACAGCGACAGUUUGAAAUGGAACAAAACAAGCUGAAGAUGAGAGAGGUAAAAAGACAAGAGGAAGUGGAACGUCUAAAGGCUGCCAUGGAUGAGGCUCACGAGAAAGCCAUGAGAGAAAAAUACUCCAGGAAGAUGCAGCACCUAGAACAGGGUGGCCAUGACACCUCCCAACUCAAGGCCCAUCUAGCGGCUGUGCUUGGUGAAGAGUUGACAGAUAGAGACGCGCCUACAAAUCGCCAGGGUUAUGAGACUUUGCGGAAUGCCCAGUCUUUAGCAAAAAUUACCCCAAGAGGUGACCCCAACCAUGUUGUUCCCACCCAAGUACCUGGUCUGGAUCUGGAGUUAUCUCCCCGUGCUAUAGGCCCACCAACAGCACAGUAUACACAAAAGGACUCUUACCAUGAACCCCAUUACGUAGAAAACCGGGUCCUGACCCCCAAUAAAUACAGACAACACGGCCACACCUCCGAGUUUGGCACUCAGACUGGUAUGAAUGCUCACUAUCAGAUGGACACUGAUAGAGAUGAAGAUACUCCUUUGGAGUCGAGAAGAACCUUGGAGACCAAGAGAGAAGCUACAGAUGUGGGCAUCAUGUACAAGUUAGUGAACGGUAAGAGAGUCCGAGUGAAGAGUGCUCCAAAAGAGGAACUACAGAAAAACCGAGAGCAGAGAGAAAUUCCGAAAAAGAAAGCAGAGAAAAAGAAAGAUAAAAAACUCUGGAAUUACCAAAAUAAAAAUCUAAAGAAGCCAAUCAAGCAGUCAGAGAAGGAUCCCCUGUAUCAGAAGAAGAAGGAAGAGAGUCGAGUAAGACGGCAACAAAGGGAACAGAGACUUCUGGAAAUGGUGGAGAAAAAUAGGGAUAUUAUCCCCACAGAGAGACAGAACAGGACCCCAGGACAUUCACGAGAACACUCCCCCUUUUCAGAGGGUGGCCGCACUCCUAGAAGUACAGUAAAGGAAUACAGUGCUUAUACUGUAAGGAGAACUAGGUCUCACUCCCCAGAUAGGAGUGACUCUCGGACAGCCACUCGAACAUUAGAAAGGACUGAUUCUCCCCCAAACAGGAAAUCCCCUGUCAGUCAUCAUUCUAUCUCACCUGUUCCAGCUGGGAGACGGUCCCCACCUAUUCCUGCUCUACGAAAUCGAAACACAGAUAGGAAUUCAAAUUAUCUAGCGAUAGACUAUGAUGCCUCAGGGAUGGGAACUAGGGUAGUGAAUAGUAAAUAUAAUGAUGGGGAUCCACUGGAAAUCCCUGUAGGAAAUAGCGACUUUGUGCCAUUUCUGAGGACUGUUGAUAUACUGGACCCUGCAAAGGCUUCAUCGCCAAUGCCACUCUCACGGGAGGCAACACAAGUGGCCAAUGCCAGGAAAGCUUACAUUAAGGGGAUGAAGCCUGGUAACUAUGGCAACAGGGUAGACACCUAUCAGGACAGGAUGAGGCUACCCAAUGAGAGAAGGCAAAAAGACCCCAUCCUGAACCCCUCACUAGUCACGGAUCACCCGACACAAAGACAGGAUGCCAUCUUACAACAGCUCUCUACCAUGAGAGAGAAUCUGAUGCAGAGGCAGCGAGAGUUAGAGACCUUCUCUCCCACGGAUUUAGAAUAAGGCUACUUCAACCCCGACAUUUUAUAGAACAGUUUGAAUUUUAAAGGGAGACUCCAUUGUUAUAUUGUAUCUCUAUUCUGUAUCUCCAUCAGAGAUGAAGUAUCCUGGGAAGAUGGGGUUACUUCAUAUGUAGCUUUACUUUGUUAAUUAUCAGCAAGAUCUGUUUGUAUGACAUGAGUGCAGUUUUUGGAUCGCUCUUGCCAGCUAUAGCUACGUACAUUGUAUCACAGUAUACAUGUACUUCUAUUAAUUUUUCAGCAUAUUUUUAAAUUAUGGAUAUUUUUUGUGCCAAAUUUAAGAUAUUAUAUGAAAGUAUAUGGUGCCACUUACUGUAAAAAAUUAUAACAGAAUUUUCAUAACAUUUUUUCAUGAAUUUGUAUGACUUGAGGUUUUAUUAUCCAUGUUGGGAAUUAUAUCUAGUUGAUUCUCGAUAAGGUAUAUAUCAUAAUGAGAAUUUGCACAUAAUAUUUUUUCCCAGUAUGAAAGUGUCAUGAGAACUUAACUGUUCAUAAAUACUUAAAAAUGAGGAAAUGACAGAAAUACACAUCAGUGUAUGUAAAAAAAGAAGAACCCAGUGUAUUGUAACUAAAGUAGGUCAAACAUAUAAAUACCAUUCCUUUUAGAUUUAUUUCUUAUUCUGUAGGUUUAUAAUAGCAUAAGUAACAGUUUUUGCAUAUGGUUUCUAGCAACACAAUUCCAGCAUAUUAUAAAAGAUAGUAUAACAAUUUCUGUGUUGCUAAUUUUCAUAUAUUUCUGUCCAGUUGUAGUAAAAGAACUGGAAUAUCAACAUAGAGUGUUUACAUAAUGUAUCUCUGCGUGCAGAAAUUGGGUCUUGUGGCACAAAUUUGAUGCUUGGACAGUGUUUCUAAUUUCAGAAUGUUUUGAAAGAAAAAAAUGUAUGCAUUAGAAUAUUUAAUGUGGAAUUUGUUGUAGAUGUACUGAAAGGCACUUUCUUUCUAGUGACCUACAGCAUUUUGUUUCGCAACAAGAAAAACUAUGAAGGCCUUCUUCAGAAUAGGAAAAACUUGUAAAAAUUUUAGCUAUGGAUGUGUAAUUUCCAUAUCACUAUGUAAGUUAUGAUGAAUUAAUAAUAUAAAAAAUUAUAUUUACAAAAUAUAGAGAUGAUUAAAGAGUACAAGUGAAGUA